CUCAUAUCUACCCAUUCUCUCUCAACCACUUAUCUUCUCCAUCAUGUUCAACGAGCUUAAGCCCUAAGGUGGCUCAACACCAUCUGUACCUUCUACUAUGCAAGGGGGAAACCCUAUUCUCAAUCUGGCUGCAUUUAAAGGACUAGGAGGUGCCGGGCAGAAAAAUAAACCAAGCAAUUCAGCCAACAAGGUGUUAAGUAGUUCAGGUGGUGCAUUUAAAGGACUAGGGGCUGCCGGGCAGAAGAAUAAAUCCAGUAGUUUGACGAAAGACCUAUCAAGUAGUUCAGGGCGCCCAACACCGUCUCAAGUACCUCCUUCACAAUAUAGUGGAGGUCGUGGUCCCAGGCCAACUCCUACUCCAACGAUUAACCAGCAGCCAAAUGUUCCGAAUUUCAUAAACCGCCAAAAUGACAUACAAACUUUCUCCAACCAGCAACACUCAUCAAACAUGAAUGAUGAGGAAAUAGAAGGCAAUGAGCAGGCACGUAAUGAAGAUGCAGAACCAGAGCUUAUUGAGUGGAAACCCGGUGCUUAUAGUGAUCUUAAGUGGGGGGUAGAACCGUUGGACCCUUUCAGAUCCAUUUCGUUGUCAAAAUUUGAAAGGCCAUGUGUCGGUAUAAAUGCCGCAGGAGACGUUAUUAAUAUACAUGUGGGCAAAGGAUGUUUGCGCUUUCAAGGUAUUGUUUCAAAACAGAUCAAGUAUAAUCUACAUCCGGCCGGUCAGCGAUGGAAAUGGGUCCCAAAGACAACAAAAAAACAAUAUUGGGAACAAUUUCAGGUUUAUUAUUUUAAUUAAAAAAACGAAUUGUAGUGGGAGGUUGUUUAAAGUAUCCGGUUAACUAGUCAGUUACUUUAUAACUUAUUCAACUCACUGAAAGUAGUCACAUUUAGUUUAUAAUUCCUGCAAUGGGCCUAUUCAAGUUGACACUAUAAUACUAGAAAACAAUCUUGUAAAAUUUCAUACUAAGCAAUCUUGAGAUUUAACCUAUUUCUUCUUUGCAUGUAGGAUAUAGUCAAUUGGGAUAUUACCCAGUUUGAUGCUAAAGGCAUAAAGAAAGGUUAUAAGAGAUAUUUGAGUCAACAUGCGUAUUCCAAUAUAGUGAAUAGAAUCAGAGUUUAAAAGGUCAAAGCAAUUCAUGAAAUCAUCUGCGUCGGGUAAAAAGAAUCGUAUGACUGGUGGAGAUAGGUGUAAACAAUAUGGGCCGGUGGAUCUAGAGCAGCAGUUGAUGUGGCAGCACAAGAGUUGAGAGUCUCGGGUGAGCACAUAAAUCCUUUCAAGCUUUGUGAAACAUAUCACCCAACGAAGCGCAAGAAUGGGGAGAUAAUUCAUUCUCAAUCGGAAGUUAAGGAGGCCAUUUCAAAGGUGUAUGCUGCAUUUCAAGAGCAUAUUGAGAAUUGUCAAUCGUCUGACAAUGGAGAUGGGAUCUCUAAUGUGCGUAAAAUUACUUUAAGUGAGUUCAAUUCCAAAUACUUAGAAGUGGCGGGAUGCAAAAGAAAAAGAGUUUUUGGAACGGGAAGAUAUGCAAAAGCGUUCCUUCAUCAAGUGGAAACAAGUGAGAAAAGGUGUUCAUCUUCACGACGCUUGACUGAUUUUUGUGUUGUUUGGGAUAAAUGGUUGAGGAAAUGGUUUGGCUCACAAGGUUAUGAGUGUCCAUUACCAAUGCCACCAAUAGAUGCUCGAUUGCAACUUCAAGAUCCUGAUUCACAACCAAAGAGUUUUGAACAAACUUGGCUUUCAUUUUUCAAGGAGCAUGGAAUAAUGGAUCCACCAUCUUUUUUCCCGCCAUCUAAUUGCUCGUCUCAAGACUCUCAAGAUUCCCAAGACUCCCAAGACUCCGAAGACUCCGAAGACUCCGAAGACUCUGAAGACUCACAUCA